AUGGCUAACAUUUCUUUGUACCAUGCAACCCUAGUCUUAUACAUCUUGUUACAACUUUCGGCCACAUCACCUACAAACGCAUUACGUGGUUUUACCACCCCUUUCAUUCAUAGAGAUUCACCCGCAUCGCCAUUUUACGACCCCUCCUUAAGUCAAGGCGAUCGAACCACUGGAGCCAUUCGUCGUUCAAUCUCUCGCUUGUCUCGUUUCAAGUCGGCCCUUAACCUCCUAAACGAUGAUGUCAAGGAAACCGAAGAUGUGAACACCAAAAUCGUUUCAGGUAGUGGUGAGUAUCUCAUGGAGUUUUACGUGGGCACCCCGCCCUUCAAGCAACUAGCAAUCGCUGACACUGGAAGCGACAUUACAUGGACUCAGUGCCUUCCAUGCGAAAGUUGCUUCAAGCAGAAUCAACCAAUUUUUAAUUCGGAGAAUUCAUCAACUUUUCGUCCAUUGACUUGCGGUUCAAGUUUAUGUCAAGCCCUAGAAGACUCGAGUGCAUGCUCGGGUACAAGUGGAACAUGUAAAUACCAAUUAGGGUAUGGCGAUAGUUCCUCAAGCCUUGGAGUCUUGGCUAUGGAAACUUAUACCAUUGGGGGAACAUCGAUCCCAAAAUUGGUUUAUGGAUGCUCACACAACAGCCAAGGCACCUUUAGGCCAGAUGCAUCCGGAAUUGUAGGGCUUGGAGGUGGAUCCCUUUCGCUAGUUAGCCAGCUUGGAAAAUCGAUAGCCGGAAAAUUCUCUUAUUGUUUGAUGUCCGAUAAUAAAGUUGGCGUGAGUAGCAAUAUUAAUUUUGGCUCAAACGCGAUAGUAUCUGGUUCGGACGUGGUCACCACUCCAAUGGUCUCAAAGAGCCCGUCUACUUUCUAUUACCUCACAUUGGAAUCGAUCAGUGUUGGUGGAGACAAUAACAAGCGAAUUCCAUUUAAAAGUGUUAACCAAGUUGAAAAAGGUAAUAUCAUAAUUGAUUCGGGCACUACUCUAACUCAUUUACCAUUCAACAUGUACCAAAGUUUGGCAGAUUCAUUGAAAAGUGCGAUUAAUGCGAAACCGGUAGAGGAUCCAAAAUUACUUUUGAAUCUUUGUUACAAUAAUGAAAAGGGUUUUACCGCUCCAUCUAUCACCGCCCAUUUUGCUGGUGGUGCCGACUUGACAUUGUCGACAUCGAGUACUUUCGUUUUGAAUGGAAAUCUGUUGUGUUUGGCUUUCAGACCCGAUGAUCAACUGGCUAUAUUUGGAAACUUGUCACAAAUGAAUUUCUUGAUCGGAUAUGAUCUUGAGAAUCGCACUGUCUCCUUCAAGCCUACGGAUUGCUCUAAACAGUAA